AUGGACGGCGCUUACCUGUGCGAGGAGGUGAGGCGGCGCGCCGUGGCCGAUGGGAGGUGUAGUUUUUUAAGAGCGGGAAGCUCCAGCGGCGCGGACGGGCCGGAGGGGGGCCUGCGGGACUACAAAUCCCAGAGAGGCGCGGGAGGGAGCGGGGCAGGGCGCCGCCUCAGGGCGGGGGGUACAAAAGGGAGCCGGCUGCGGUCGGAUGUCGGUCGCGGCUCUUUAGUUCACUCUCAGGAAUUGGAGCUCAAGUGUUGUGUGGAUGUGAUGGAGGUGAACGCCACCUGCCUAGCCGACAACCAGUGCAGCCCAGGCUGCUACAGGCGGUGGAACGAAGACGGCAGCAGCAGCUGCAUCAAAUGCGAGAACGAAACGGUCCCUGCCACGCCGGCUUACAAUCUUACCGAUUGCCGAACUAGUGACGACAGAGGCAUGAACUCCCAAAUUAAUUCAACUAGCCUAUCCCCAGUUCCACCCAGCACAGGGAGACCAGAAGUAGCAGUUUCUCUCAUCUUUGGGACGUUCUUCAUCAGCCUCUUCCUCAUAAUGUGCGUCGCUUCGUUCUUCUACCUCAAACGUGCCAAUAAACUGCCAAACCUCUUCUACCGACGAAGCAAAGUAACGUUUGUCCUGGCAUCAAUGUUAUCUCCACCUUCUUCAGUGCGCAAGCCCCGGUACGUCAGAAGAGAGCGGUCGCUCAUGACUCCUGGCUCUGGCUCCAGCACAACCACAUCUGCCGAAACCAGGGUCAGCAACGUGUAGGGGGUGGUUUUGCCCCUCCGGAUUUGUAAAUACUGGCCCAGCUGAAGAAAUUUGGGCACCAACUUCAGCCAAGUGCCAGGAGCGACACCCGAAAUA